UGUAAUCCCUUUCAAAUGAAAAUGGUUCAAUUUGGUUCAAAUAAAAAUAUUGAUAUUACUAAAAUUGAAUACAAUAACUACAGAAACGUUUAUUAAUCAUUAGAAUAUUGGAAACGAAUAUCUGUAUUCCACAAAUAAAAGGAAAAUUACCUUUGUAGUGGCUAUCUAAUUGACUUAUUGACACUAAUAAUUGACAGUGACAGUAACAUAACAAAUAAAGGCGAAUGGAAUUGUAAACUUGUAAAUAUAAAUAAGCUUUUAUAAUAAUUAUUAAAGGACAUAACAUUUCUUUUUAGGAUAAAAAUGUCUUCCUAUUUACGAGGUUCGACAAAUUAUGUUUGGUCUACGACCAGUAUUCUGGGAAAAGGUGCUACUGCAACUGUUCAUCAAGGUGUUAACAAGGUAAAUGGUGAACCUGUAGCAGUUAAAACAUUUAAUCAACUUAGCACACUUAGACCACAAGAAAUUCAGCUGCGAGAAUUCGAAGUACUACAAAGAGUUAAUCAUGAAAAUAUUGUUAAACUUUUGGCGAUCGAAGAAGAGCAAGAAAACAGGGGCAAAGUGAUAGUUAUGGAGCUGUGUACUGGUGGAAGUCUCUUUAACAUUUUAGAUGAUCCUGAAAAUACAUAUGGUUUAGAAGAGUCUGAGUUUUUGUUAGUAUUAGAGCAUUUAUAUAAAGGAAUGAAACAUCUAAGAGAUAACAAUCUUAUACAUAGAGAUCUAAAGCCAGGUAAUAUUAUGAAAUAUAUUCGUGAUGAUGGUACUACUGUAUAUAAACUCACCGAUUUUGGAGCUGCGAGAGAACUUCAAGAAGGCCAAUACUUUCAAUCGUUGUAUGGUACAGAAGAGUAUUUGCACCCAGAUAUGUAUGAAAGAGCGGUUCUACGGAAACCUGCUAACAAAACUUUUGGUGCAACUAUAGAUUUGUGGUCCAUUGGUGUAACUUUGUAUCAUGUUGCUACAGGAAACUUACCUUUUAGACCAUACGGGGGACGUCGAAAUAAGGAAACUAUGCAUCAAAUUACUACAAAAAAAGAAAGUGGGGUAAUAUCUGGUAUACAAUAUCGCGAGGGUGGACCAAUAGAAUGGAAAAGAGAACUUCCAAUGAAUUGUCAGUUAAGUUAUGGUCUUAAAAAGAUAGUAACUCCUUUAUUAGCGGGUCUAUUGGAGGCAGAUCAUAGAAAAAUUUGGUCAUUUGACAAAUUUUUUAAUGAAGUAGAUGUCAUUCUUUCUCGUAAACUUUUUCAUAUAUUUCACGUAAAUAAAGCCCAACUAAUUAAAAUAUAUAUACUUCCAAUAGAGAAUUAUACACAUUUACAAAGUUAUAUAGCAGAGCAAAUUGAAAUUAAAGAAAAUAGCCAAAUUUUAAUUUAUCAGAAUAAUCUUUUAAAAAAUCUCAUAGAAGAUUAUACUUUAAUAACAGGUUAUCCAAAAACUACUAAAGAAGAUCCAUAUUUUUUAUUUGAUAGAGAAAAUAAUAAUAUUACUGUGGUACCUGAUCCAGAAUUACCGAAAUUUAACGAAUUUUCUAAUGUAAUGUCUGUAGAAAAUGAUGCUGCUCAAGCGAAAUCUGCAUGUAGCAUUGGUCAUCAAUAUAAACGACAGAUUGAUAAAUAUUCGUUGUUUAGUAAGCUUAUUAGAGAUACUGUUCAAUAUUUUACAAAGUACAUAACAACAGUAUUACAAGAACUGCAUCAAAAUACACAACAUCUCUUGGAUAAAACUUUAACGCUUCAAAAGACUGCAGAUAUAUUGCAAAUUUCACAACAAAUCAGUCGCUACAAUAACAAAACAAAUUUUGUGGAAAAAUUGGAAAGUCUGAGUAAAGAUUUUUUAACAAUCUCUGUACAGGGUGUUACAAAUUUGCAUAAAACGCAUUGUACAGAUUCCAAUCUGAAAUUACAGUGGGAGAACACUAAUAGAAAUCUCAAGUGUCCUUAUAAAACACUCUCUCCAGCGAGGGCUAAAAGUCAAGUAGAACAUUUAAGAGAUUCUUGGCAACAUUUAGUAAGGGAUAGAGCUACACGCACAUUAAGCUAUAACGAUGAACAAUUUCAUAUAUUAGAACGUAUAAAAAUUACUCAGACUCUGAAUAGAUUGAAAAAUUUAUUUGAGCAUGAAGUCUUUCCUCAGUAUGAGCAGUUAGCCGAAAAUUUUGGUGAUUGGUAUAAAAUAGCUCAAAACAUCCAUCUAAAAUCUGAAAUUUUGAUUUCAGAUGUUAAAAAAUAUGAAAGCAAGUUAACGGAGUUUGAAGAAGAUAUUGCGAUUGAAAAUUCUGAUUACAUGGACUUUGUUAAAAGCAAUAACAAACAAAAUACGGUACCUAAGGUAAGAAAUCUGCAAAGUCAAAAAUUAAAACAGUGUUUUACUGAAUACCAUAAAGAGUGUAAAAAUAUUAAAGAUGUUCUCAAUGAAAAUGUAAAACUCACCACUUACUUGAACGAUUCAACAAUGGAAAUCAUGAAAAAAAUUAAUGCAAAUGACAAUACAGAAAUGUAAUAAAAUUGAAUAAAAUAACAUAAUAUAGACCAGGCUGUAUCGUCGUCCCCGUUAGGUAAAUUAUUCUGAUUCGUUUUUUUCUGCACAAACUUAAUCAAAAAGAGGUCCUUAUAACAAAUACACGGGGUGCCGGGAGGUGCCGCGGUCGGAAAAUUGUUUAACAAUGGUUUUUAAAUAAAUUCAAAAAAUCAAUAUUUUUACUUCGGACAAAUUUUUUUAGAUUAUUUUGCUCGUUUUGAGCAAAAAGGUCUCGUGUGAUUUUUCUCUAAAAUUGAUAGUUUUCGAGUUAUAUGCGAUUUAAAAUAUGAAAAACGCGAAAAUGGAAGAGCUGUUGUAAGUACCGACAAAAAGUACUGAAGUCUUAAGUACCAGUACUCAAAGUGGAACUAAGUAUAAAUACCAGUACCAAGAAUAAAUAAAUACUUAAGUAUUUCGGUUAAGUAGUAUGUACUUGAAAACAGUAAAUUUAAGUACUAAGUAUUAAGUAACCGAUUUGGUAAUUAAGUACCUACAUUUAAAAUAUUUGGUGCUUAAAUAUCGAGUUCAAGUACAAGUAUGACACACAUUUAUUCUAAGUACUUGUGUAAAAGUGAAGAAACUCAUAUAUUCUGUUUCUCAUGAUCAUCUUUCAGUGCGUUACAGUUUUUCAAUUUCUUUCUAACGCAUUAAAUUGUAUGUGACAGAAAAAAGGCACGUCCGUGAUUACAGACAUUUACAACAUUUAUUCUAGUUAUUCUAGUUGUCGAUAGAUGGCGCCAUAAUAAAAAUUUUUUUUAAUUAGAUAAUAUUACAAAUAUAAUCUAUAUAAUUUAUAAGACUAUACAAAUCAAAGAAAAUACCAUUUUAUAAAUGCAAGAAACACAUUUGAUUUGUUUUUAUUCCAAAUUGAAAAUAAAAUGUGACAACUGUCAGAUUUAACUAAAAUGUCAUGUUAGAAUAAAUGUCAUAAAUGUGUAUUAUCACGGACUUACCCUUUUUCCUAUCAUUUGUUACGCACUGAAAAAUGCUCAUGAAAAGGACAAUAUAACAAGAACAUUUCAUUGAAAUUAAGGAUUAGAACACUUAAGGGCUGGUUGUUCGAACGCUAAUCAACAAUGAUCACUAUCAAAUAUUUAAUUACUGUCACAACUGUCAAUGUCAACUUUGGUUGGGUUGCUGAAAACAUAAUUGAUUAUAAUUAUGAGUUUAGUUAAUCAAUUAACAUAACAAUUAUUAACAUAAUUGAUUAACUAAUUUUAUAAUUGUAAUCAAUAAUUAUGUUUUCAGCAACUAAAUCAAAGUUGACAUUCACAGUUGUGACAGUAAUUAAAUAUUUGAUAAUGAUCAUUUUUGAUUAGCGUUCGAACAACCGGUCCUAAAUAUAAGAUAUUUGCAGUGCUGUUGUAUGAAAUGGAGAGCUGGACGUUUAAAACAGGAACAUAUAAAUAAAUUACAAUAAUUUUGUCAAAAGAAAAAUAAAUGAAGAUACUCAGAGUAACUGGAUGUCAUUUAGAUCGUUUUCAGUGAACGAUAAUAUAGAUAGAUAAUGAGACACUGAAGCUCCAAAAAGUUUCAAUUUGAAUGCCUCCAAGAACAGACUUAGUACCACCACGUAACUGUAAAAAUUGUUAUAAAAGCUUAUGUAGAUGUACAAAAGCUGAUAUUUCCUGUAUAUCUCAAUGCAGAUGCACGAAGGAAAAUGUUUACAAAAAUAGUAUUAUUAAAUAAGAAAAACUUUCUUUUAGGUUAUACAGUAAAACCUCGAUAUAACGGACUAAUUGGGGGGACGGGAUGUCCGUUAAAGCAGAAAGGCCGUUCUAAAAAUAGGUUUAAAAUCAAUCAAUUUUUUUUAUGUAGGUACUGUAUUUAGAUACAGUGUACAAAUCUAUAAGUUAAAAAAGGAAUAAAGUUUUGUUCGCUACUUUUUUACUUUUCUACUUCGUCUAAAAAAUUUCUGCAAUACACUUAUUUGGUUGAUAAAAUUAUUCACUGAUUCAUUAGUUGAAUAAGCGAUGUAUUUUUUGGCAAAACAUACAAUUAUUAAAGUUGCCACCUUCUGAAUUUAGAAUACUUUCAAGGGGAUUAGCAGGAGCUUUGUCUAAAAUCAAUAAACAUUUCACCUCUUUAGGCGGUAUUACCAGUUUCUCCUCUUGAAAUUUUUUCACUGCAGGUACAAAACCAAUUUUUGAAAAUAUCUCUGGUGAGCCAUGCCCUAUUAGAGCUAUAAUAUGAAACGGGCAGAUGAUGCCUUUUGAUGAUUAUAUCUGUGACAAUAAUUACUAUUAGGUUUACGAGAUUGACCAACAAUUAUAAAAGUCAAUCCAUGCGAUCCAUCUGCGUUGGCACAAAGCAGUGCCGAGAUCCUGUCCUUGUUGUUUUUCCUUCUAGAAUUCGACUUUUCAUAUUUUUUUGCAUUCAAUUUUUUUUACAUUUGAUCUUAUUUUUUGUCCGUUAUAUCCGAAGUCCGUUGAUUAGAGGUCCGUUCUAUCGAGAUUACUGUAUUUCUGAAAACUUGUUUUUCAUGAUUUUUUUUUCUCAUUUGGUACAAAAAAUCGAAGAAAAAGAAAAUUGAAUGAAAGGUGAUACGAGGUACUGUAUGAUGAUAUUUUAUAUUUAUAAUAAUUAUAUGUUAAAAUUGAAUUAGGUUCUUUAAAAUUAAAAAAUGAAGAUAACGUAUACCUACACAUAUAAAUUAUAAUUUGUAUAGAGAGGUUAGCGCGUUAACCUUGACGCUGUGAGCCGAUCUUGCGCCUCAGAGCGCGCUAUUCAAAUAUCGAUAUCUUGGUCAAAAAUAAACAUACGAACAUUUUCUUAAGCUCAAAAUGCUCUUUUUGAGUUCUUUAUCAUUGAUGUUAAUUAUUAUGUUUUCCAGAUUUAGCCAUACGGCUCACACUCCCUCUAAGCGGAAAAUUGACUCAUCCCAGAUACCUACGGUAUUAAAAGGAUUGAGCUCUGGUGGGACUCUUUCCGUGUUAUGGAGCUCUAGGUGACUUGAUACGCCGGAGUAUCUCCAAAAAAUUUUAGAGUUGCACAGCCUUCUGCAUAGUCUUGUAAAGAUGUUCAUUUAUUAUGUUAUUAUUUAUGUUAAUUAAUGCUAUCAUUAAUGUUAAUUAAAGUAUAAAUGUUUAUUGCUCACAUUUGCUUAAAACCCUUAUAAACAAAUGUAUGUGCAAUUUUUUAAAGAAAAUCAUAACUUCAGACGGGUAUAACUUUAACACAAAUAAAGAUAAAGUAAAUUAACAAAUUUUGUUUUGAAGUGUAUGAAUUAUGCUUUAAAAUGAGACUUUCCAAAUCUCAUUUGCAAAAAUACUUCUUAUUUUGCAUUAUGCACUAAUUUUACAAUAUCUUGAGUUCCAAUUGUUGUAUUUAAGUUUAGUAAACGCCAUUUUCUUUGUUUUUUAUUAAGGAACAAAUUUUAUUUUUUUGUAUCUAUUUUAGUUUAUGAGCUAGAGCCUUUUAAACAAUUUAUAAACAAUUACAUUAUUUAUAACAAUUUUUUGACCACUUGGAUCGAAAUCCACCCUGGAAAUUUUUAAUCAGCACCCAAGAAUCUACAAGAAUCCGUUGAGUUUUCCCAUCAGAAUUGAAAAGGCCACGGCGACCUCUAUUUGGCGCGUAGACUAUUUGCAGUAAUCCUUAAUACUUAAGAACUUUUCGUGAAGGAUUUAAGUACAUAACGAGUACUUAAGUAUUUUUUAUUUUUUAAAUUGCAAGUAAAAAUAUACUUAAAACAAAUUUAAGUACUAAGUACAAAUAUUUGUCGGAAUACUUAAAAGUUCUAGUACCAGUAUGGUAAAGUAGGGUAAUAAUACGCACUUAGUUUAUUUUGGGUUGUAACUUGGGGGAAGAAAGACAUAACAAUACUAUAUUUGUUGCAUAUCGAUCUUUAUUUAUUACGUAACAAUAAAGUCAUAUUUUAUUAUGUUUAAACAAAAAACAUCCCUGUAAAAAAAUAUUUUGAAAACGUGUCAUUUGCGUACUCUUGAGCUCCAGGGAGGCUAAAAGUACGACUGAGUUAGGGUAAAAGUACGCACUAGCUAAGAGUCUUACAAUGGUCGCAAACGAAAGGUCCGAUUUCUUCAUGCGCUGGACAGGCCUCAUGCCACCAUUCUGCACAUAUUCCACAUUGAAGUAAAUUGGUAGAGAGUCAGGUGGAUGACAAUAUGGCGGGUUCUUCUCCAGUUGAAAGCACACUAAAACGUGAUAUCACGAAAUUCCUGGAGUGAUGCCAAGUGUUUAAAAAUUCCCUGCGUACUUUUAGUCGACCGCGUACGCUUACCCUCCUUUACCUUACACAUAUUUUUUUGGAGUACUUAGAGUAAAGUACUUAAGUACUUAAAAGUACUCAAGUACAUUUUUUAAGUACUGUCGGUAAUCAGUACCGCAGCUCUGGAAAAUGGUCAUUUUCAAGACAACUCAGUUAAAAAUUAUUAUUAUGAAAGUCAGAAAGUGACUAAAUCAAAGUUUACCGCCCCACAAGACCCUGAAAAAAUUUUUGUCAUUAUUUUAUUACUAGGCUGUUAUUUUUUAAUAACUAACAGUCAGCGCUAUGCACGUAUUAGGCGGCCGUCAAUGGUGAGCGCAAAAAAAGUUAUGCACCAUUCCGGUAGUCCAAUGGUGCAUCUUACUCGUACUCAUAUUGACGGCCGCCUCAAUACGCUCUUAGCGCUCAUUGAUAGUAAUUAAAAAUAAUAGCUUAGUAAUAAAUUAAUUACACAAAUUUCUUCAGGUUUAUUGGGGGGGGGGGGGGGUGAACUUUUAUUUGGUCAGUUUCUGACUUUCAUAAUAAUUAUUUUUAACUGAGUUAUUAAGCCUCGAAAAUAGUUAUUUUCGCGUUUUUUAAAUUUUAAAUCGCAUAUAACUCAACAACAAUUAAUUUUAGAGACCUUUUUUGCUCAAAAUGUCUCAAAGAAUCUAAAAAAAUUGUGCCAAGUAAAAAAAUUGAUUUUUAAAAUUUUUUUAAAAAAAUUGUUUAAACAAUUUUCCGACCGCCGCACCUCCCGGCACCCUGUGAAUUUGUUAUAAGGACCUCUUUUUGAGUAAGUUUGUGCAAAAAAACGAAACGGAAUAAUUUACCUAAUGGGGGCGACGCACAUAGGGGUAUUUCAUCAAUCUGGCUGGCCAAAAAGAUUUAUCGCGUUAUUAUUUAAUUUUAAUGUUUCUUUUAAUAUUUUGUAUGAAAGGAAAUUAUCUCUGAUAGUUUAUUAAAAAAAAACGAGUAGGUAUAGAAUAUUUUUUAUGUACAAGCAAAAAUAAACAAAAAUGCAAUUGUAAAUGUAAUAAAAAAUUGUAAUUAAAUUGAAAUAACAUCAACUGGACGAUGAAUUCCAUGGUUCUUCUGAGUCAUCUGCUUCAUCUUCAGCUAGUUCUUCGGAGUCCGAGUUUAUUAACAUUUUCGUCUAAAUCAGCUGGAAUGAACUUUUCGAUAGUUUCCUUUGAAAAAUAUUUUGAGGAUUUUGUUUGUUUUGGUCUUAAACAAGUUAUUAAAGGAUCAGAGCUUAACAGAAGUCUAGAUUCCAUUCCACCCUUGAAAAUUGUCGUGCAAAGCUGUUACGGUACAUCCUGAAAUGUUUAUUUCGGGCUUAUGUGGCUUCUAAGAAUUUGGCUGGCUGUCUAUUAGCUUUUGACCAUCUUAUAAAGUCGCUUUUACGCUUCAACUCUUUUAUUUGGUCUUGACUCGUAAUCUUCAUGUGUUAAAAGCUCAUUUUCUAAAUAAUUUAUUUUUGCUUCAAAUUCGGCAAGUUUUGUUCUUGCAUUUUAUCGUAUAAUCUUUUUCUAGAAAAAACUCUGUAAUUUGAACCACUUGGCAUGUCUAAGACAAACAAGAGUUGUGUUAAAAGCUGAAAAAAAUUAGGUUUGUGCAAUUUGGUUCUUACGACUACCUCAAUUUAAAUGUAAAUAUAACGAAAAAGAGGUCUAUCAUAUUUCAAGAGGUCUAUCAAAUUCAUCCCAAUAAAAAAUAUGACCGGGAAGCACCCUGAAGUAUAACUAAUUUCUUUUAGAAUUUUAAAAACAAAUCAAAUUUUAAACAAAAAAAUGAUAAAGUUCAAUACGCUGCUUAGAAACCGCAUUGUACAAAUAUAGUAUAAAAUUACACAUAUUAAUAUGUGAUCUUACCUGUAUUUUCAAGAUCCAUAAUUGUUUACACUGUAACAAUCACCCAGUAAAUAGUAUUUAAUCUCAAACUUAGCAAUCACACUUUAAUAGCGAAAAUCGUUUACACUAUGAACGAUGAUGGUCAAGUUUUGACUGGAUAUUGCCUGAGUAGGCGAUAUCGUGGGACCGGGAAAGAGUUUGCCCAGUGUAUAGCAACUAUCGGGCUAAUAGAACACGUAGUUUAUGUUAUCCCAAAAGAUGUUUGACAAAAUAGACUUUUGGCCAGCCAGAUCGGUCAAAUACCCCUAUGUGCGACGAUACAGCCUGGUCUAAUAAUAAUUUUUAUAAGUAUGUGUAUCUUAAUUAAAAUUAUUUUUGUUUUAAUCCAAGGGCUGCUUAAUAGUGCAGUCAGUGAUGGUGGAUAUGAGCUAUUUUCUCCGAUUUCGUUGAACCUCCAUUGAUUUUCAUGAAAAUUGGUGAGUGGUUAGAUGAUACCUCAAGGAACAAAAGUAACAUGGUGCCAACUGGCGCAUUUAUUAUUUAUUCUGGGGAUGGGUGCCACCCAUUCUCGGGGUGACAAUUAUUUUAUAAAAUAACCCCAUAAAUCGAUAGAGGGCUAAGCAAAAUUUGUUAUAUAAAGUUAUUAAAAUAAAUCAAUACUUACGUUAUUAAAGAUCAAAAAUUUUAAUUUUUCGUGAAAAAAUGCAUAUUUUAAAGCGGUUUCUCAUAAAUGUAAAAACUAAAAGUUUUUACAAAAAAGCUAUUACCAAAGUUGAAGAUAAUAAAAAAUCGAAUAAAUUCCAUAAUACAGUGGAACCUCGAUUAUCCGUCUCUCUAUUAACCGUCACCUCUGUUAACCGUCAGGGUCCAUACGUAAGUUAUAUUGACUACAUAAGUAAAAAUUUAGUCAUCAAUUCAUUUUGUUUGAGCAUUGCGAUAAGCCAAACGAAAUUCGUUAAAAUGUACACGUGCAGUUAUGCCACCACCGCAUUUUUUUUAUGUAAAUAAUUUUUGUUCUUAUUCAGGGCUCUGGAUUAGAUUUCAAUUUAAAUAGGUAAUGAUUAAUGAUAAAUGAUACCGUGCUUUUAGUGUCCUAUUUUUAGAAUCGCAAGGCGAAAUAAAAACGCACAGCAAAAUAAUUUUUACAGUCAGUAUCUGUAUGUCACCAUAAUUCAGUUUGAUUCCAAUUCGAACAUUGAUUGUGUCACUUAGUCGUUUGAUCAAUUAAGUUUUUUUUAAUGUUCUGUUAACUGUCUUUUCGAUUAUCCGUCAUACCCUUGGUCCGGUGCCCUGACGGAUAAUCGAGGUUCCACUGUACUUGAAAAAUGUUUCUAUCUCGAUUAUUUUUUAUCCUACAAAAAUAAUAACAGAAGUUAAAUAUUUGUUAAAAAAACUAAAAUUUGCUUCUAUAUCAUUUUUUACGUAUAUAUCGAGUAUUUUUGGUGUUAUUGUCAAAGGAAAAUGACAAUUACGAAAAUUUGAAAAAUUCUAAUUUUUUUAAAUCUUAUUUUUUUUCAAAAUAUUCAUUCUAACCGGUUAAAAUUUUUGAGGUCAUUACUUAUGCUAAACUAAAGAAAUUCUUAUAGGGAUUACUAUAAAUUUUAAAUUUUGUGGAAAUGGCGUACCUAUGUUUUAUUUUUCACUUAUUCCUAAUAAAUUCGAAAGGGUUUCUAUUAUUUUCCUCAUAACUUGCUUAAUUUUGAUGUUAUCAACUUCUUCUGGAGUUAAUUUGAUAGGUAUUCCUAUAACAAAUGUUUAGUAAAUAUUUAUAUCUUAUAAAAUGUAUCGUUUUCUCGGUAUUUAAGCUUGAAUUCUUAGAUUUGAGUACUCGCCGAAAAAAAUAUACAUUCAAUUACCUAUAACUCACUUUGAAUUAAUACUAAAUGGUUUUUUCAAGUAAGGAAUUUAUUCGUUUUUUAUUAUCUUUCAUUUUAAUAUAACGGUUUUUUUAACUUAUAGUUUUUAAGUUAUUUAUGAAAAAUCGGUUUAAAAUAUGCAUUUUUUUCACGAAGCAUUAAAAUCUUUGAUUUAAAAGAUUUGUUUUAUUUUAAUAACUUUAUAUAAUACAUUUUGCUUUGAAUUUGCCCCCCUAUCGAUUAUUGGGGUUAUUUUUAAUAAAAUAUCCCGAGAGGGGUGACAUCCACCCCCAUGGCAAAAGCGCAAGUUGGCACCAUGUCGUCCAUGUCACUUAUGUUUCUUGAGGUAUCUUCUAACUACUCACCAAUUUACAUGAAAAUCGAUAGAGGGUCAACGAAAUCGGAGGUGAACACCUUCAGUUACUGUAACUAUGAUAAGAUGCAUUUAUAUUGUGAUUCUAUCGAGUUAAUUUUGGACAUCAAUAGCUGGUGUUCCUGAAAAUCAAUUAAAGCUAAAGACUACCAAAUGACUAGGAGUAAUCAUCAUUAUCAUGGCUCUAACCAUUCGUGAGCCUUGGCUUGUGUAUACAGGAUGGUUCAUUAGUAGGGUAAAGCUCAAUAGCUCCGCUAUAGUAAUAGAUAGCAAUAACAGUUAAUAACAAAAAUUUUAGCCACCUUUGAGCUUCACAUUACAAAAUUAGUUAGCAUGUUACAGAGUGUUCGAUAACACAGUGACAGACCUAACUUAUGUUUUUUUAAAUGAAACACCCUAUAUUUUAUUUUAUAUUCGAAAUCCUGUUAACUUCUCCAUCACAAAAAUGUAAAGGUUUGUAAUGUUAUACAGGAUAUUUACAAAGUUAUAACCAAUUUUGUAUGAAAAUCGUAACAAGUUCAACUCCCUGUAUAAAUAAAAAUAAGCACAACAGCAAUGGUUUAUUAAUGCCAUUUUUUUUUAUUUAUUGUCAAAAUUUUUAAGAAUUAUUAUUGAUAUUGCUAAUUUUCUUUAUAUCAAAUACAGGGUGAGUCAAAACGCAAGUACAUUAUUUUCUCAGUAAUGUUAAAUGGAACACCCUGUAUUUUAUAUCAUUAUUGAAAAGUAACAUUAACGUACUUUAAUUUUUAUAUAACAUUCCCUAUGCCCAAAUUUAUUAGUUUUCGAGAUAUUUUUAUUUUUAAGAGCAAAUUAUUUUAGGUGUUUAAAUUUAUCUAAAUUUUAAGCAAGCCAUGACUGAAUUGACAAUUGAAGAUUACCAAUUAUCAAUCCGGUAAUCAAUGUAACACUGUAGCAAAUAAAGAAAUAAAAAUAAUUUAUUAGUAAUACAUUUUACAAACAAAAACACAACCACUACAUGCAACAUUUUUGAAACAAUUAAAAACUAUCUUUUUAUGUAAAUGCAACAAAUAAACAAAGAAAAUUAGUAAUAAAUUUUACAAAAAUUUUGUGAAGACAAUUAAACAGUACUUUUGUAUGUAAAUGUAACAAUGUAACAAAUAAAGAACGAAACAUAAUUUAUCAGUAACACAUUUUGCAAAAAAAAAACAUGUUUGAAAAAAUUAGAAGCUACUUUUAAUAAAAUAUUUUUAAUAUUUAAUUACAUAAGGUGUUCAAAAUUAUCUCCUAACACAUUUAUGUACGCCUAAAAACGAUCAUUGAAUGAGCUACUUACUCUACGGAGCAUUUGUAAAUUAACACAUCGAAAUCAGGGGCGUCAUUUGAUAGGGGCAGGGGGCAUUUGGCCCCCCCUAGCCCUGAAAAUGACUGAAAUUUACAAAAAAUAAAUCAAUUUUCAUCAUUACAUCAUAUAUAAUGUAUUGUAUAUAAUGCUUCCCCCCCCCCAAUCAAAAGUUCAAAUGACGCUCCUGAUCGAAAUACACUUUGUAUUCUAUUUUUCAUCUCAUCCCUUGUUGUUGGAGGUAUUUUAUAAACUUCAUUAUUAACGUAACCCCAAAGAAAUCAGUCCAGUUUAUUAAAUUCUGGUGAUUUGGGUGGCCACGCUACUGGUCCAUUAAAAAAUGAAAAUAUCUCGAAAACUAAUAAAUUUAGACAUAGGGAAUGUUAUCUAAAAAUAAAAGUACGGUAAUGGUACUUUUCAAUAGUGAUAUAAAAUACAGGGUGGUCCAUUUAAAAUUGCUGAGAAAAUAAUGUACUUGCGUUUUGACUCACCCUGUAUUUGAUAUAAAGAAUAUCUUGAAAAUUUUGACAAUACGUUAAAAAAUAUGGCAUUAAUAAACCAUUGUUGUUUUGCUUAUUUUUAUAUAUACAGGGACUUGAACUUGUUACGAUUUUCAUAUAAAAUUGAUUAUAACUUUGUAAAUACCCUGUAUAACAUAACAAACCUUUAUAUUUUUGUGAUGGAGAAGUUAACAGGAUUUCGAAUUUAAAAUAAAAUAUAGGGUGUUCCAUUUAAAAAAACAUAAGUUUGGUCUGCCACUGUGUUAUCGAACACCCUGUAACAUUCUAACUAAUUUUGUAAUGUGAAGCUCAAAGGUGGCUAAAAUUUUUUUUAUUAACUUUUAUUGCUAUCUAUUACUAUAGCAGAGCUAUUGAGCUUUACCCUACUAAUCAAUCACCCUGUAUUAAGAUAAUCGCACUUUUACAUAAUUUAGUAUACAUAAAUAUCAACCGAUAUUGGUUUAAGGUAGUUUAUUACAACAACAAAUCAAACAAAGGUCGUAUUUUUUAAAUGAAUCACAAAUCUUUAAAUUUUAGUUUAAAUAAAAGUUCAAUUUUUUUGUUUUAAAGAAAACAAAUUAUUAUGUUUAAAUAUAAUAGUUAACAUUUGUUGUGUUAUAUACUGUCUUACUCGUAUGAAUUUAUGCAAUUCAGGAGUAUUGUAACUUUCAUUGAUUUAAGAAUUAUUUAGAGCCGCAAGCCGCAACCAUUCUUCUAUCGCUGGAUUAAUCCGAGAAUUUAAAAUAUUUUUUUAUUGAUAUUCUCUUAAAUCUGGUUUCAGUUGAUCAAUUAUCAAUUUUUUUUACUUAAAUCACUUAAUGAUACUUAUAUUAUAAAAACUUUGGUGUCCUCUUAUUCUAUCCAACAACAAUGCACUAUAAUUAUAAAUUAACGGUCCUGUAGGAAUUACGUAAUAACUAUAGUGCUACUAAUACAUAGACUAUUGUAACGUCCCUUGUAAAAAUUAUAGAAACUGAUAGAAAUUUACUGUUUGUUCACUUUCAUACAAGCAUUAAACAUAUUUAUUUUUAUAGAUUUGCCCACAUUUUAUAUUAACUGACUGACUAUAACAAUAGACAUAUUCGAUAAUUACUAUGUUAAUAUUGUAUAUAAGGUUUAAAGUAAUAUAUCUUUUAAAUAAAA